AUGGACUCAAGCAGUGCCUCGAAGACAACGUGGUCCGACGCAGAAACGAGGGCAAUCGUACACCUCUGGGAGGAACACUUGCCAGACCUACGCCGUGCGAAGCGCAAUUUGAAGGUGUAUGCUGCGAUCGCGGAGAACCUACAAGCGUUAGGUUUUGACAAGAGUACGAAGGAGGUGAAGAAAAAGAUAGAAAAUCUAGGAAACAAAUACAGGCUCAUCAAGCGAAAAGACACCGGAACUGGCUCAGGGGCCAUAAGUUGGCCCUAUUAUUGGGAAAUACAUCGUUUUUUGGGCACACUGCCACUUCACGACCAAACACUGGCCCAAGAAAGCAGUUGCUGCCAAACAUCCCCAGCAGAAGUGAUCCUUGAAGGAAUAGCAAGGGGGGACCCCUUGCAAGACAGCCAGUCGAGUGACGGGUGCCCGUCACCUCUCCCUGGGAUGGCAUGCUGCCCCCCACCAUGUGCAUCGCCACCUGAGGCAGGGAACUCUUGUCUACAAUCCCCCCCUGACACAGGAACAGCUGGCCCCAGCUGCGAAGCUGGAUUGGAUGUCAGCUGUACAAAUCCAGCAACCAAAAAACGGAAGCGGCAACCAGCUCCGUCCACCCUCGUGAUGCAGCUGCUGGACGAGCAGCGCCAGCUUGGUAUUUCCUCGGAGCCGAGGAAAGAUAGGGAGCUGCAGCUCAGAGAAGAACAGCUCAAGGUGUUCAAGCAGAUAGCCAGCAUUGAUGAAAGAUUGCUGUCUGUGCUGGAGAAGCUGGCAAAUAAAUGAACUGUGAAUACAUCAAGAAAAA